UUGACUCGCGGCUUUACCUUGAGAGAGCAGAGAUCAGAGAGCCCGCGCCCCGCAUAGGCUAAGGUAUCACGUGGUGCGAGCGAUGUGUACACAUAUACCUACCUACAUCAGCGCGGCGUUCGCAUUGCAAUCUUAACUUUUGGCGCCGUCGUCGUCGUCAUCGACGUCCGCAACGGCUCCCCGUGAAAACACGCAGCGACUUGCGUAGGUUAUCUUUAUACGUGUGAAGUCGCGCUGUCAUUCCGUGCUCGACCAGCUCGACUCGACAAUAUUCAGUGCGUCUAUACGCAUAUACAGCUGUGGUGUUGUGCGUUUUGUAUACAAGUAUACUUGAUCGGACUUUUGUGAAUCUCCGAUCGGAGAGAGUGCAGUCCGUCAUCGUCGUCAGUACCUCCCCCCCCCCGCGAUAGUCGCAGAAUAUUAUGAUUCUGGAUCGACGGCGACAUGGAACCAUCGCUGCCAGCUGCGAACACGGUUUUUCACGCCGUCUACGUGCCUCUGGAGGACGAGAUUGCCGACGACGAUGAGUCGCAGGUGUUGCAUAUCUACCGGGACAAGCUCGAGGCGCUGAAAGUCAUCAAAAAGCAUAAAAAGGGCCGGCUGAAAACUUUCAAGACGCUCGAGGAGGCACAGGAGUUCGCGCGGAACGGCCUCGAGUCCGUCCUGGUGAACCCGCUGGCGAAUUCCGUGCCGAAGAUCGUCGUCACCGAGGAGAAAAGCAGCAAUUUCAAAGCUCCCAAACCCCAGAACCUCACGCAGUUCAGGAAAAUCAUCGAGUACGGGGAUAUCGAAAAUGUCAGGAAGACCAUCUGGGAUAAUCCCAGAUACCUCAUCGGAAGUGGCGACACGCCGGCGAUAUUGCACGAAGGCUGUCGGUAUAACGCCUUGCAUAUUGCUGUGAAGUCUACGCAGAGUCCCCAGAUGUGCGAACUGAUUCUGAAUACAGUGGGCGACCCUGCCUUUGUGAAGCUCUUUUACGGAGACGCCGAUGAGAUGAGGACUUAUGUUGAUAGGGCAAGUAUCCUGCAAGAUCUCUACCUAAACACACCUGACAAGGGUUUGAACGAAACCCCGCUGCACUUUGCCACAAAGUUUGGACUGAAAGAUUGUGUGCGUACUCUGCUGUCAUACCAACAGUGCUUGAAAACUCCACUCAAUAAAUAUCAUCAAACGCCUGGCGAUAUAAUAUGCAGUAGGAAGUCUAUGGAUGACAAAAAUCUAAUCAACGAAAUACGCGGAUUACUAGAGGAGCAGUAUUAUGUGCCUGUCUUGCGCGCAGCAGAUAAUAGUUUGCAACCUGUUAUUGGUGAACCAUUUUCUCCAGCUAGUCCUCUAAAAUUAAACACAAAUCCCAUUAGUCCUCGAGUUGAGGUGAAAGCCUUUGCUGGGCCAAUGACCAUGGCACAAGCUUUGGAGUUCAGGAAAAAAUGGAAAACACCCCCGCGAAUACUUGGGACACCGAAUAAAAAAAUUAAUUCAUCUGGUGAUUGUAAUGGUCUCAGAAGUCCUGGGUUAAAUCUAUCCUUGAGAAUACAAGAUAUGGAGAAAGGUCUUGAAAGAGUUGGCAGAGAACUUGCUACGGAAUAUCACGUUUCCUGGAAAGAAUACUGGCCCUUUUUAAAAGACUUUGCAGAUUUGCGAUGUGUAGAGGGAUUAACAAAGCUCGAAGACUAUUUGAAAAGACAAAUUCAAGAAAAUACGAAAUCACUCUCUGCCUUGGAAAAAAGUUUUAUGAACCUUUUUGAAGCGAAUCAAACUAAAAAUAAAGAAAAACUCGAUGACCUCUGUGAUCAAUUCCAAUCACUUAUAUUAGAAUCUGAAAAAGGAUCAGACCAAGAGACUGAGGACGAUGGCGAGUUCGUUACACCGCCGUCUUCUCCUUCCCGUCCAAGCAACAACGAAAGCAGCGAUUCUUCAGAUGAAGAUGAUAUGGAUCUAGCUGAUGAUAGCAUUCAAGAGGAUAUAUUCCUAGAGGGGAAAACACCAUCCAAGAUUGAUUUUGCAGUAUUUGCUGCCAUUCCAAAUGAUAUAGAUCUAGAUAAAUACCCGUACACUUACCGCUGGCGACAUGAAAUGCAAUUACAAAGUAAAGAUGCGAAUAAUGCGAAUAACAUGAAUAACUGCUUGAGAUCUCCAAAAAAUCUUCCUUACAAAAAAAAGUUAUUUAUCUGAAGUCUUAACUACAAUCUUAAUGGAACCAAGUGUGCUUCCUGCGUCCGACAACCAAGUUUGGUAUGUACAGCUUGGCGUUCAUAAAUGUAUACAGUAUUUUUUUAUAUUACUUACUCAACAAACUUGCCAACGUCAAUACAAAACUUGGAAGAACCUGGAAUCUGCAACGUUUCGCCAAUCAAAACGAGAGUGAGAAUUUCUAUUAUUAGUCGAUUUCAUAUCGUUAGAAUAAUGAAGCGAAAAAUAAGGUACAAGAUGUUUUCACGCCUUAUUCCCAAAAGCAGAAAGUGUGAUCUAAAAAUCAAACUGUUGAGCGUUGCGCUCCUCGACUUGAUAAUGAUAAAAAGUCUAUUUUCGUACUGUUUUAUACCGAGAAUUACGAUAUAUUGAAAAAGCUGAAAAAAUGGUUUAAAAUGUAACUAUGUAACUACUCGUGUGAAUAAAUGUUAUUAAUUUAUUCUACUAUACGCUAAGGUAUGAGAGAGAUGGAAAACAAUUUAUUCUAUUGUUUAAUCUUAAGAAAUGUGAGUUUGUGAAUUCUUAAAAAAAUAACUUAAUUUUUUACGUAUCUGAAAAAAAUAAAAGAAAUAAACAAUUCUCUUUAU